CUGGCAAAAAGUUUACCAGGUGUGGCAAAUCCUGUUGUUGUUGCUGUUGAACUACAAAGACACAACCCGAUAGAUGUUUUCUGUGUGAAGUUGUGAUGUUUAGUGACAAUCCUUUUGUUGCAGGACUGUUCACUGUUUGUGGAAACAAAAUAAAUUAAAAUGUGAGUUCUAAUGUUGUGUAAAUCAGAGGGAAAUAAAGUAAGGUAAUAAUGCCCCUGCUGUGUGGAAUUUGGGAGAUUGCAUUCAGCUGUGUGAUUUWCUUGAGGCUUGCAAUGCUUUUGGAUGAUUUCUAUAUGCUUCCUUUACUAAACUACAAAAAGAAGAAAACAGCUGUAUUCUGUUCCUGGGAAUAUUGGGAGGAUAAGUACUUUAAAGGCUUUUUAGGAAAAAAAAUGCUUACAGGAAUGGAGCUGUGCAAGUAUCUAAAACUUUAUAUGGAAGUACAGAAUUGUGAAUCAGGAUUGUCUGCAUAGCUGCUGGCUAAUUUCAUGAAUUUUUGGAGUUCUGGGUUUUAUUCCUGUUUUUAACKUCACUGUUUUAGACUCUGCCACGCUAGAAUGGUUGUCUUGCAGAGUUUCUGUUUUAACAAUGAAACAGUCUUACGAGGAGUGACAGUAAUCUUCCUUUUGGCAUGGGUACAGGAAUUCUGAUCUUUGUUUUGACRUAACAAGAAAUUGUGCAUGUCUUCCUUGUCCAAGAGCUGAGCUGCUGUACCCCUGUGCUUCUGUUUCAUUUUGUGUUCCUGCAGAAAUGGAUGUGGCAAUCAAGGACAGGUAGCAGGAAUAAAUUGUGGAGCUGCUGUGUUAGACACCCAGACAUAGGAAAAAAAAAGUUUGUGGAAUUCAUCCAGAGCAGUUCUGGAUGGAUUUCAAGGCCUUUCUAAAAUGCAAGAUAUUCUUUUAAUCUAAAGUCUGCUUAGCAGGCUCUUUGGUAGUUUUAUAAAUUAAAAAAUAGGGAAAAGGAAAAAUAUGGAAGGAAAAUAYUUUCCAAAUCAAUUAGACAUUUUAAGUAUUUGUAGGUGCUGCUUUUGUCAGUAUGUGAAUCUUUGUUGUUUGAUUAUUUUUUUGAAACUGAUUUUAAGCAUUGCUGUGGAACAGUUACCUGAAGUCAAUCUUGGCUGGUUUUUUACUAUCAGCUAAACAUUUUCUGCACUUCUGGCUAAUUUGAGGAUUUUUUUAUUCAGAAGGACAGUUUUCAUUAAAAUUCCUUUGUAGUACAUGCUCAAAUUGCAUUGCUGUUUGAAUGCUUAAAUACAGGAGAUGAAUGUGAAUUUUCUCAGAGCAGAAUUCUCCUUUAUCAAACAUUUAAUUCAGUCCUUGUUCAUUUGGAAUAUCUUUUGCCUGCUCACUUAGGCUUUGAGAUUCGAUUUCUGCCUGGAAUGCUCUGGCUUGAGCAGUCUGAAUUUUCUUCCAUAGUAUUCAAGAGGCAGAUUUGGAGUUCUGUCUCUUCUCAAUGAUGUAAGAAAAAACCCCACAUCUUCUUCCACAUUUACAGCAAGGACAGACACUUUCUUUCUGRUUAUGUAAGCUCCACUUUUCCUUAUGACUGAGGGCCAGCUCUGCUUUUGGCCUUUGUUUUUUGUGCCACUUUGGUAUUUUCCCUUCAGUAUUACACCACAGUAAAAAGUAGCUUCUUCCCCAUAAUUCUCAGUGAUGCAGUGCGUUUUUUUUUAAUGUUUCACUGUAGAUGGAGAAUGUGUAAAAGUAUUGGUCUUGAUCAGCUGUGAGGUUGAAGAAUAAAAUGCAGACCUCCUGGAGAUCUGUAACCUAAUGUUGUGUUAAUUUAGUGAUAUUAGUGUAGGUUAUUAUAUUUCUUACAUCUCUCUCUCCUUUGUAAAUCUCCUCCAUGCCCUAACAGWCCUCAAUACUGCAGGAACUGUGCURUCAGUAAAAUGUAGCCCAGCAUAAAAGUGUCACCACAAAUUUAUGUAUUUCAGRGAAACAGCAAAAGAAAGCGUAUUUCGGGAUGUCCUGGAAAUCCUGACAAGCACCUCAAGUGCCAUUGAGCAGAGCUGUAAGGACUCCUGUGGUCUGGGAGAUCUGGAUCCCUGCCUGCUGCUCGUGGCAGAGUGCUUCAGAUGUCUGAGGAAUGCCUGUGUGGAGUGUGCCAAGAAUCAACACGUCCUGAGGAGCUUGGGUUUCAUCUCUACAUCUGUCCAUUUGAUCAAGUUGCUUGAUGGAAUACAAAUCAAAGAAGAAUUGCUACUGACUGGUAAGGCUGUGGAUUUUGUGUGUGGGGUUUGUUCAGUUCAUCACAGANAGUUGCUUGAUGGAAUACAAAUCAAAGAAGAAUUGCUACUGACUGCUCUUCGUUGCAGUCUCCAGUUUCUUGGAAACGUUGCAGCAGGAAAUGGAGAUUCCCAGAAUAGCAUUUGGAAGUGUGCUUUCCCAGAUCUCUUCUUGACAUGCCUGGCAUACAGCGAUGAGAAAAUUGUCACCUAUUGCUGCAUGGUCCUGUUCACCUGCCUGAAUUCAGAGAGAGUGAGAGAACUGCUGGAUCCUGGGAACUUAACUGUGGCUCUUCACAUCCUCAGAGUUUACAAACAGCAGUUGGAGUCUGAGUGGUCGUUCCUGAUUGUGACAGAACAUUUGCUGAAAUGUCCAGAACUGGUAAAAGCCCUCUAUGCCAAACUGAGCAAUCAAGAAAGAGUUACUUUGUUAGAGCUGCUGAUGGUGAAAGUCAAUGACAAGAACUCAGUUAGCAGUGAGGAAAUGGAUGUGUUUGUUCAACACGCUGAGUUCCUUGCAGGCUGUUUCCAAGAGAAUUGUGGAGCUGUGCUCAAGUUAACUGCUGCAGCAGAUGCAGAAAAUGAG